CUCAUCAACUUAAUAUCACUAAGCCAUACGUGAUCAUCACACACCCCUCCAACCUCCGCUGCUCCACGUACAUGAAACCCUAGUUGAUCUGCCGAGCACUAGCUUCCAUGGCCACGACUAGCAACCCUACUAAGAGACAUCGGUUGCCGGCGGCACUGCUGGCGCCGCUUCCGCCCCCUAUCCCCACAGGGAGAGGAUCCCGGUCUGCUGCCGAUGAGAUCUUCACGCGCUACCUUGAAGCCUCCCUGCGCAUCCCCGAGCUGACCCUGGCUGGGCCUCAGCACCCCUGCCGGGCGCCGGAUGUCAUCGAUCUCGAACAGCUGAUGCUGAGGGAUGGGGCGUCGGUGCACAAACUCAUGAGGUCCGCCCGAGAGUUUGGCGCUUUCCGGAUCCGUGGGCACGGGGUCUCGGACGAGGUGUCACGGUCACUGGCGAGGGAGGCCGAGAGGGUGUCGGAAGUCCUGAAGAAGAAGAUGAAGGGCGUCGAGCUUCACGAGGAAGGCGGUGUCACCGGAGAAGGGGCCGGUUGGGAUAAGGAAGAGGUGAUGAGGAUUUGCUUCAAGGGAAGAAUAAGAUGGGGACAGCAUUAUGUCGAGGCCGAGACGUAUCGAAACCUUAGACGAGCGAUGGGGAGGUGACGAGCAAACUCGACGUGGUGGCGCAGGAAGUGAGCCAAGUUCUGUCAGAAAACCUGAGGGAGCAGCAGCCUCGCGAGCGUUUCGAAAUGGAAGAACCAACCUUGUGCGUGCACAGACACGUCCGCGAUCGUCACUUCGAACCCAGCCCGAACGCACAGCAAUACCACAGGUCCGAUGAGCCUUUUGAUUAUGCUUUCAGCAUCCACCUCCCCAUCGGUGAAUACAGCAGGUUCUACCUCCGGACAUCGCGUUCUCCUCCGUAUACUUUCCCCGCCAGCCCUGGCACGGUACUUGUCGCCUUAGGAGAACCGAUCGAGGAGUGGAGCGAUGGAGAUCUCAAAUCUGCUUCAUGGGAACCCAUGUUUGGUCACGGUGAUCAUGAUCAUGAUUAUGUCCAGAAUGAUGUAGAUGAGACCUUCUUCUCCUUGGAGUAUAAGUGUUCGCCUCCAUGGUUGAAUCGGAGUCGCGACACAACUCAGACUGUGGUCUCCAUUCACGAUCAGAUCCUCAUCGCCCUUUUCCUGGCUUGCCUGAUCUAUUCUCUCCCGUUCCUGUUUUCGUCAGGUGCGGCACACUGAAAGAAAGGGAUCAUCCUACUAUGUACUCGACCCGAUUAAAGUAUUCGAGAUCAUGGCACGUCACUUUGGAAAUUUAAAAGGCUCACGAUCCUCGGACACGUCGGGCCUGGUACAUGCAUAUGUAACAUAUAGUGUGUGCUCGUGAUUACUACUUAAUGGUCCUGUUGGUGAUGUUGGGUGCAUUUCCUUUGGAUACGUACAAUAUUAAGGUAAAACAAAGGUGAGCGUGCUAAGAAUAUGUAAUGCAUCGAUCCAUUUUGUUCCUUGCUUCGGUGCUACUAUAUACUGUUUCAUAAGCGUUGAUGUGA